AUGCCAUCCACGGGCCCAGCUCACGCAGAACCCGCAAAGUUCCAGUCGCCCUUCCAGUCGCCCAACGCAAUUCCCCCGCGCACCUCCAGCCACGGCAUCGUCAACGGCGUCAAGCACCGCAGCUCCGUCCUGCGCCCGCUCUCGGAGACCGACUGGAUGAGCCAGAGCAAGAAGAGCAAGCUGUUCCACGAAGACGAAACCGAGAACCAGAACCCAAAUCCGCCGCGACCCGCGCAAUCGCCAAAUACAAUGGGCGCAGAGGAGAAGUCUAGAGUGGAGGGGGAGGCAAAUCCGCUGUCGCUUGUUGCGCCCCCUCCACCGCCGCAUAGAGAUAUCGGCCACCACCUGAUAUACGGACCGCGCAGAGGCUGGUCGGAAGAAAACGAGAGGAUAUUGCUGGGCCCGUACGACUACCUCGUCGGCCAUCCCGGGAAGGACAUCCGCUCGCAAUGUAUAGCCGCGUUCAACAAGUGGCUCAAAGUGCCCCCAGAGCGACUGACAGUCAUAACGCGCGUGGUGGGCCAGCUACACACGGCCUCAUUACUCGUCGACGACGUCGAAGACUCCUCCGUCCUCCGCCGCGGCAUCCCCGUCGCAAACUCCAUCUUCGGCGUCGCCCAAACCAUAAACUCCGCAAACUACGUCUACUUCCUCGCGCUCAACGACCUGCUCGCCCUGAACAACCCCGCCCUCAUACAGAUCUACAGCCAGGAGCUGCUAAACUUGCAUCGCGGCCAGGGCAUGGAGCUCCACUGGCGCGACAGCCUGACCUGCCCCAGCGAAGCAGAAUACCUCGAGAUGGUAGACAACAAAACAGGCGGCCUGUUUCGCCUCGCGAUAAAGCUGAUGCAGGCGGAGAGCAGCGUGGAAAUUGACUGCGCGCCGCUCGUCUCUACGAUAGGCCUGCUCUUCCAGAUUUUAGACGACCAUCUUAAUCUCUCGUCUACGUCCGAGUACCAAUCGCUAAAGGGCCUGUGCGAGGACUUGACAGAGGGGAAGUUCAGCUUUCCCGUUAUACAUGCAAUUCAUUCUGACCUGUCGAAUCGCGUGCUGUACAAUAUCUUGAAGCAGAAGACGAACGAUGAUGAGGUUAAGCGGUAUGCGGUGCGGUAUCUGGAGCAAAAGGGCAGUUUCCAGUACAGCAAAGGCGUCGUCGAUGGCCUGCGGGGUAAAGCCGACAAACUGAUCUCUGAGGUAGAGGCGGCGCUCGGCGAGGAUGCAAAGGAGGGCGCAGAGGGGCUUCGAGGGCUGCUAGCAAGGCUAGUAGUCAGGUGA